AUGCGUGCUGUCGCCUGGCAAUUAGUGUAUGCCCGUUCUCGCCGCCUCCUCGCCCCCGCUCUCGUGCCACCAACCUUCCCCCCUCGCGGCGCGGCGCGGCUUGACGCGGGGCGGAGUGUGGUGGUGCAGGUGCUCGAGCGCCUCCCGUGGGCGAUCCCGUUCGACGCGCGGGUGCGCCUCUUCCGCGCGCUCGUCCAGCGCGAGCAGCAGGGCUUGCCGGGCGAGGCGCUGCCCGAGCACUUGCGUGGCCACCGCGUGCAGAUCCGGAGAGAGCACUUGCUGGAGGACGGGUACGUCCAGCUGGGCGCGCUGCCGCGAGAGAAGCUCAAGGGGACGAUCCGCGUCGAGUUUGUGUCCGAGCUCGGCCUGGCGGAGGCGGGCAUCGACCGCACCGGCGUCUGCAAGGAGCCCCUCGAGGACGCGGCUGGCGUCUUCAAGGAGUUUCUCGAGGACGCGAUGCGCGCCGCCAUCGACGCGCAGCGCGGCCUCUUCGCCCGGACGGCGCAGCGGAGGAUCUACCCGUCGCCGAGCUCGGGCGUCGCCGAGUCGGCGCACGAGCCUAGAAGGGGAAGACGGAGUCAGAAGGCGGGGCUGCUCGGCAAGGCGGUGUAUGAGGGCAUCGUGCUCGACGCGGCGCUCGCCGACUUCUUCGCUGCAAAGCUGCUCGGCAAGCCGGGAUCGAUCGACGACCUCGCGUCGCUCGACCCGGAGCUCUUCCAGUCGCUGCAGCUCGUCAAGAGUUACGACGGCGACGUCGAGGGCGACCUCUGCCUCUGCUUCACCGUCGACGAGGACGUCUUCGGCGUGCGCACCGCGGUCGACCUGCGCGAGGGCGGCAGCACGAUGCCAGUCACGCGCGAGAACCGGAUCGAGUACGUCCACCUGAUGGCCGACUACCGCCUCAACCGGCAGAUCGAGGCGCAGAGCCGCGCCUUCGUCGCGGGCGUCCACUCGGUGGUACCCCUCUCGUGGCUGCGCCUCUUCACCACGCCCGAGCUGCAGCGGCUCAUCAACGGAGACGACGCGCCGAUCGACGUCAACGACCUGCGCCGGCACACGCGGUACGCGGGCGGCUACAACGAGCUCACCCCGACGGUGCGCGACCUGUGGAGGGUGGUGGCCGACUUUUCGCACGAGGACCGCGCGCUGCUGCUCAAGUUUGUCACGUCGUGCUCCAAGCCGCCGCUGCUCGGCUUCAAGUACCUGCAGCCGCCCUUUACGGUGCAGUGCGUCUCGGGCGAUGGGGGCGAGACGCCGUCCGUGCUCGCCUUCUUCGGGAUGGGCAGGAACGAGACGCAGAGGCUGCCGACCGCGAGCACCUGCUUCAACCUGCUCAAGCUGCCAAACUUCAAGUCGAGGGCGGUGCUGCGCGAGCGGCUCCUCUACGCCAUCCGGUCCGCCUCGGGCUUUGAGCUUUCGUGAGAUGUUGUCAACUAUUUUGGUUUUUGUGUGAUGCCAUGUGUACGUGUACGAGGCUUCUUCCUCUCAGAAAAC